UUUCUUCUCAGUCUUAUCCCAACUGCCCUGAUGUUGGGUUUCUUUUUUUACUUAUUUCGAAAUGCUGCAUCUGGAGCAGCAGGUAGUACCCGAGGUGGUCGCAGAGGUGGUAUAUUUGGUUUUGGCCAAACAACUGCAAAAAUCUUGAAAGAGGAUGUUGGUGUACGUUUUAGGGAUGUUGCCGGAUGUGAAGAAGCCAAACUUGAAAUCAUGGAAUUUGUAAACUUUUUAAAGAAUCCCCAGCAAUACAUUGAAUUGGGAGCAAAAAUACCCAAGGGUGCUGUUUUAACUGGCCCACCUGGUACUGGUAAAACAUUAUUAGCAAAAGCCACUGCAGGAGAAGCCAAUGUUCCAUUUAUUACAGUAAAUGGAUCAGAGUUUUUAGAAAUGUUCGUUGGAGUUGGCCCUUCAAGAGUUCGUGACAUGUUCUCAAUGGCAAGAAAAAAUGCACCCUGUAUACUGUUUAUUGAUGAAAUAGACGCAGUUGGUCGUAAACGAGGUCGGAGUAAUUUUGGUGGACAGAGCGAACAAGAAAACACCUUGAACCAACUGCUGGUAGAAAUGGAUGGUUUUAACACCACUACUAAUGUGGUAGUUUUAGCAGGAACAAACAGAUUAGACAUAUUGGACCCAGCGCUGUUGAGACCGGGUAGAUUUGAUAGACAGAUAUAUAUUGGAGCUCCUGAUAUCAAAGGAAGGGCUUCAAUAUUUAAGGUGCAUCUUAAACCUCUUAAGACUGAGGUUAAUAAAAAUGAUUUAUCUCGAAAACUAGCAGCAUUGACGCCAGGUUUCACUGGUGCUGAUGUUGCCAAUGUAUGCAAUGAAGCAGCGUUGAUAGCAGCAAGACAUCUCAAUCCAAGCAUUCUUGAGAAGCAUUUUGAGCAAGCUAUUGAAAGAGUUAUCGGCGGUCUUGAAAAGAAAACACAAGUGUUGCAGCCUGAAGAGAAGAAGACUGUGGCUUAUCAUGAAGCUGGCCAUGCAGUAGCCGGUUGGUUCUUAGAACAUGCAGACCCAUUGCUAAAGGUAUCAAUAAUCCCUAGAGGUAAAGGUUUGGGUUAUGCUCAGUACCUUCCAAAAGAGCAGUAUUUAUACAGCAAAGAACAGUUACUGGAUAGAAUGUGUAUGACAUUAGGUGGUAGAGUAUCAGAAGAGUUAGUCUUUGGUAGGAUUACCACAGGUGCUCAAGAUGACCUCAAGAAGGUUACACAGACUGCUUAUGCACAGGUGGUACAGUUUGGCAUGAGUGAAAAAGUUGGCAAUGUUUCCUUUGAUAUGCCUCAACAAGGUGAGAUGGUUAUGGACAAGCCCUACAGUGAACAGACAGCUCAAUUAAUUGAUAAUGAAGUCCGGAGUAUAAUAAGGAGUGCCUAUGACAGAACUGUCAGUCUGUUACAAAAUCAUAGAGAAAACAUUGAGAAAGUGGCACAAAGACUUCUUAAUAAAGAAGUCCUCAGCAAAGAGGAUAUGGUAGAACUGCUUGGAGAGAGACCAUUUGCUGAAAAAUCUACUUAUGAACAAUUUGUUGAAGGAACUGGUAGUUUUGAAGAAGAGACAGAACUGCCUGAAGGACUGCAAGACUGGAACAAAGAGAAGAAUGUUGGUAAUGAUGAUAAUGAUGAUGAUGAUGAAAAAAUAAAAGAAAAAAGUGUUGAAGAAUCUCACAAACCAUCAGGAGUUGCCUGA